AUGGCAUCACCCGAGGACGCUCUGCGGGUCAAGCCCCCCGCAAACCUGAACGAUGCGUAUGAUGGCAUGGAGCUCAACUCAAUUGACACAUCUACUCAGCGGGGCACAUUCAUUUCCAAAAAUCAAAGCACUGAGUCUCUCCUGGGUCAACCUCAACCAGGACCUACCGAAUUCGUCCACCCGGGAAACGCAUCGCCUUGCCCAAAGCCACGACCGCAGUCCCGGUCGUUUAUGCCUUUGCUCUUAGUUGCAGGCUACGCAGCACUGUCGAUUUUUGCCUGGACAACGACCUGCAUCAUGACAUUCCGGCCACUGUGGGCGCAAAUACCCUCUAAUAAAUACGUCAAAACGAGAUACCCGAAAAGAUACGUCGUUGAUUACAAUCAUACAGACUCUGUGGGAUUCACUGCCGAUGUUGAGGAUAGCAUCAACAAGAAUAGCGAUUGGUAUCAAGGCAUCCAAGUUCUACAGUCGGUUCUCACCGUCUUGACCCUGCCUUUGACCACAACAGUCAUCGCGCUUGCCGACCAAGGCUGGUCCGACGCUGUCGCUGUCCUGAAAGCGCCAUGGGAUAAGUGCAACACGGUCUUCCUCAUCCUAGCAGUUGUUGUCUAUGUUAUUGGCGGCGUACUAGCUCCUUUGCAAGAAUACCUGCUAUCAGCAGAGGCGACCAAAGUCAGCUACUCGAUCGACAGGGAUGUUCUCGUGACCGACAUACCAGGUCAAUUCCGUCUAAAACAAAAGGAAAAUAAUGUACUCGCCUUGAUCACUCGGGGAAUGCUGGAAACUGUCUCCAGCAGCCAGCCCCAGGCAAUGUUGUGGCAAGGUGACGGCUUCAACUACACAUGCUCUGAUGCGAGUGAGAGCGAAAAGAUGGGUGGAGGCCGUACCUCAACAAAGUCAUGCCGCACAGCACCAACACUGGGGGAUAUUCCAGGCCUACUUGACCCAUUUCUAGCACAGUUUCCCGCCGGGUAUUCUACGGGACUCAUCCGUCAGUUCAUUCCCCGCAUUAGCUCGGUGGUCAACGUAUUGAUCAUGCCCACUGAAAGCUUCCCAACAUCCUGCAACAGCUCACAAGGGUCUUUUUGGGCUAGCUAUGACGGCGAAGGGAGUGUGGAGAACAGUUAUCCAAUCUCUGUCCAAAUAUGUAUGCCCGGAAACUUGACAACUUCACCUUGGAAACCCACGAGAGAUAUGCAGAGGUUCACGGAAGAUUUGUACCUCAACGUCACAUUGGAACCCGCGGAUGGACCACUACAUUCUGUGAUCAAGAUUGAAAUGGAGACUUCGGCCGGAUACUUCGAAUUGCCGAAUAACUGGAAUAUCAAGGCAGGCAAAUUACUUGAAAAGGAUCCAUACGGUCCUGGCGGCGCUUGCCAAGCAGGCUGUUACAAUUCGGUUAACAUCAGCUCCAGAUCAUUCAUCGAAACCAAACUGUUGAAGACCGUCACAUAUGACGAUGUGGGGUCCGAUACUCUUUGGCCUGGUGACUGCCUAUACCUGAAUCCACUCGAGCUUCUUUCAAGCGACUACAUGGACUAUCCAGACGACAACUAUGAUAGCGCAUACAGAGAAGGUGUCUGCGUCACGAGGAACUUGAUAAAGAAGAAGUCCAAGGUUCAAUCGGCCGCUUCAGAUUGGCUGGCAAGUACUUUCGCGAAUAGCCGAUCGCAACUCAGCGACACUACCUUACUUAAGUCGAAAUUCACUUCUGCGGCUUUCCUCGCUAACUAG